AUGGCGGUCCCAAAAUACACCAGAGCAAUUGUUUGUGGCGUUCCUGGAUCUUUGCCGGCCAACGCUCAACGACUUGAAGAACCUGACGAACCAAUAGACCUUGAAAAAGCCCGCCAGCAACAUUCGCACUAUGUCGAGACACUUAAAAAACUUGGUUUACGCGUCACACACAUCGAAACCGACGAGGCAUAUCCCGACUGCGUCUUUGUAGCAGAUACGGCGGUCUGCGUGAGGAACACUGCUUUGAUUCCAAACAUGGGCCAUGAAAGUCGACGGGGGGAGGUAAAAAGAAUCAAAAGCGCUUUAACUGAAAUGGGAUUCGAUAUCAUUUGCAUGAAAGAACCGGCGUUUCUUGAUGCCGGGGACGUGCUCUUCACCGGCCGAGAAUUCUUCGUGGGAUUGUCUUCGAGAACCAACAAAGAAGGGAUAGAUGCUUUAGCAAAAGCCUUCCCUGAUUUCUCUGUUAGCUCGAUUAAAGUUAGGAAGCAUUUGCAUUUGCAAUCAAUUAUUACUAUGGCCGGGGAUGACUUGAUAGUCGUAGGGGGUAGUCCUAUGGCGAGCGAGGCAUGGGUCGAGCUGGAAUCCAAAGCCAAGUUCAAAUACCGUAAAGUUGUGACCCCAGAAGAUCGGGCCGCCAAUGUCCUGUAUGUGAAUGGUACCUUGGUACAUGAACCAGCUAAAGAUAUUCCAGGCAGCAUCUCGGUGUUCCAGGGUUUACCUGGUCCCAAGAUGGAACUGGACAAUAGCGAACUGAGUAAAGCAGAUGGUAGUUUGACAUGCUGUUGCCUACUACUGCAAUAG